ACACAGAGGUUAUCGCCUGCAUCCCAACCCUCAAACACAAACCACCACUACCUGCCACGUACCCCAAAAAGAAAAAUGCCAAUCCUGUUAGCCAAUGAAUGUGAGAAAGCAAUGAAUCUCUAAUAUGUAAAAACCACAGGGUAUUAAACUCCCCGCCUCCAGGCUCCAAAACCCUGCAGCGUUAAUGCGUUAAUACGUGCCUCCAAAACCCUACACCGUUAAUCCGUUAUAUAUGGAGAGGUCUGCGACUCUACGUCCCAAUUCAACAAUGGCUUCUGCUGGACGACUCCUAGGUCCACCGGCCGCUGGAUACCGCUCUUCCACACAAAACGCCAGUGUUGGCUCUAUAGUAUCCCGAAUCAACGAUCUCCAUCUCACCGGAAAACUACUUAACGACGAUGAUGACGGUGGUUCCUAUGGAUACCUAUAUACGAUGGGUCGGACGGAAAACUUCUCUCCGACGUUUUUGUCGACCGGAAACCCCUGCCUGGACUUCUUCUUCCAAGUGGUGCCCGAUACUCCGUCGGAGUAUCUGAUCCAACAGCUCCCUCUGGCCUGGGCCCACGACGCCUUGACUACCCUGAAGCUGAUCUGCAAUCUCAGGGGCGUGAGAGGCACCGGGAAGUCCGAUAAAAAAGGGUUCUACACCUCUGCUCUUUGGCUCCACAAAACCCACCCUAAAACCUUGGCUCUCAAUGUCAAGGCACUUGCCGAUUUCGGGUAUCUCAAAGACUUGCCCGAGAUUCUCUAUCGGCUUCUCGAAGGCCCCAAGGUCCGAGAACUUGCAAAGCAAGCCUGGGAGAAUAAGAAGUUGAUGAAAAAAAUUGAACGGAGAUGUGCACGUUUUAACCGGCGAAGGGCAAGUUUUUUCCCGGAAACGAAGUCCGUGAAAUUUAAGAGAGGAGGUGGUAAGGGGAAGAGGAGGGUUGCUUCGAGGGAGAAGAAGAUAUCGAAGUAUGUGGAUAAGGAGAAAGCUAAGGAUUUGAGGAAAGAGAGGCUGAUUUCUAUGGCUGCAAAGGCUUUGGAUAGGUAUAACAACGACUCUGAUUACCGGUUCCUUUUCGAUUGCGUUUGCGAUUUGUUUGCAGAGCUUUUGAAAUCGGACUUGGCGUUUUUGGGUCGUGGGGAGGUUCAUAAGAUUAGUCUUGCUGGUAAAUGGUGCCCAACGAUCGAUUCGUCGUACGACAAGUCGUUGUUGAUCUGCGAAGGGAUCGCGAGGCGGGUUUUCCCGAGAGAAGAGUACGAGGGAAUCGAGGAGGCGCAUUAUGUGUACAGGGUUAGAGAUAGAUUGAGGAAACAAGUUCUUGCUCCGUUGCAUAAGGCGUUGCAGUUGCCGGAGGUCUACAUGACCGCCAAUGAGUGGAACGCGUUGCCGUAUGACAGGGUUGCUUCGGUGGCCAUGAAGACUUACAAGUGGCAGUUUAAGAAGCACGAUAAGGAGAGGUUUGGGGAAUAUCUUGAGAAGGUGAAGAGUGGGAAGGCUAAGAUUGCCGCUGGGGCAUUGCUUCCCCACGAGAUUAUCGAGUCGCUGCGGUAUGGUCAUCUGGAUUAUUAUGAUGAGGAUAGUGAUCAUGAGGAUGGUGAUCAUGAGGUUGGUGAUGAGGUGGCGGAGCUUCAGUGGGAAAGAAUGGUGGAUGAUGUUGCCAAGAAAGGGAGGCUCAAGAAUUGCAUUGCGGUUUGUGAUGUUUCUGGGAGUAUGAAUGGGACUCCGAUGGACGUGUGCGUGGCGCUGGGGCUUUUAGUUUCGGAGCUCAGUGAAGAGCCUUGGAAGGGGAAAGUGAUUACGUUUAGUGCGAAUCCUCAGCUUCAUUUGAUUAAGGGGGAUUCUCUUUUGGCCAAGAUUGAAUUCAUAACGAAGAUGGAGUGGGGUUAUAAUACAGACUUUCAGAAAGUUUUUGACCAAAUGUUGCAAGUUGCGGUGGAGGGCAAGCUGACAGAAGACCAACUGAUCAAGAGGGUAUUUGUUUUCAGUGAUAUGGAAUUUGAUCAGGCGUGCGGUUCGAAUUCAUGGGAAACAGAUUAUCAAGUUAUACAGAGGAAGUUCCGGGAGAAAGGAUACAACAGAGUGCCGGAGAUUGUGUUUUGGAACCUUCGGCACUCGUCUUCAGUUCCAGUUGUUGCGAGGCAGAGUGGGGUGGCGCUUGUGAGUGGGUUUUCAAAGAAUAUGUUGACUAUCUUCUUGGAUGAAGGUAGGAUUCAGACUCCUGAGGAUGUGAUGGAAUUAGCCCUCUCUGGUGAAGAGUACAAGAAGCUUGCUGUAUAUGAUUGAGAUUUAAUGCAAGGUGUUGGCUGCAAGAGCUUUGGGUCAACUCUGUUCUUACAUUUUCAUCAUACAGUCUCGAUUUGAUUGUGAAAUCAUGUAAUUUGAAGGACAUCCUUCAGAGUUUAGACAUGUCAUUUGAAGGCACUAGU